UUCACCAAGGCGACGAAGGCAGAUCCUGGUAUAUUAUUGUUAGAGGUUCUGUAGAUGUUGUUAUCCAUGGAAAAGGGACAGUCAACACUCUACACGAAAGCGAUGAUUUUGGAAAACUCGCUCUGAUAAAUGAUGCACCAAGGGCGGCCACAAUAGUUUUAAGAGAGAACAACUGCCACUUUCUGCGAGUAGACAAAGAAAACUUCAACAGAAUUUUACGGGAUGUUGAAGCGAAUACUGUUCGACUUAAAGAACAUGGAAAAGAUGUUUUAAUAUUAGAAAAAAUUAAUGCAAAUACGAAACAAGUAUUUUCUUCCCAUUAUAAGUACACUGUGAUGGCGGGAACUCCGCAAAAAAUGUUAGAGCACGUUCUGGAAACAAGACUGGAUGGCCGCGGUUCAGGAGGCGCUGGUGAAAACUUUAUCGUCAGUACUGCACAAGAUCCAUUUUUGGACGAUUUUCUUCUUACUCAUAUAGUCUUCUUACCUACGCACCAGUUAGUCGAUGAGUUAGACAAAUAUUAUAGGAUAGAAUUCACGAACCAGGAUCGAGAAUUUGUCCUGGCCUGUAAAAGAAGAGUAAUACACUUCGUUUAUAGAUGGGUAACGACCGUACGUCAUCCUGUAUUCGAAGAUGAUAUCGCCGUCGAAUUUCUGGAGGAAAUAGCUAAUGAACUUGAAAACGAUAGUUCACAGUUCGAUGCCUUGCAAGAGGAAGCCGCCCUGAUGCAUCACGUCAUGACGCAGUUAAGAAGGUAUAACGAGGACAGAAAAGCUCACGAAGGGCAGAAAUGGAAGCUGCCGCCUCUCGGCCAACCGAUAAGCCUUUUUAGCGCUAGUGACGACACCGGCAGAACGAUCAUCAUGCCGCAGGAUGACAUCAUUUUUCGUGUCUACUGCGCUGACCACACCUAUUGUACGUUACGACUACCAGUAGAUACGACAGCGGAAACCAUCAAGCUCGUAGCUGCGGAAAAAUUAAAAAUGAGACCAAGUGACGAACUAUUAUUGGUCGAAGUAAAGUCUAAUGGAGAGAGGGUCGUAUUCAAGGACAACGAUAUCAGUAUACCUACAGCUCUAUCUCUUAAUGGAAGAAUCUUUGUGUCUCCAAAAGAUCAUUUAGAUGCUCUGACAUGUUUAAACGAACAAGAAGAAUCUACUCAAGGCAUUGAUGGUGAUCUGGAAAUGUUUAGUACAAAAGAACUGGCUUAUUACAUUACACUUUUUGACUGGGAUCUUUUUUGGUAA